CGGAAGUGAUCUCUUAACUUCCGCUUGUAGCUCACGGUGCUCCUGCUUUAGUGUCCAUGCUAGUAACGUAGCUAACUCAUUUUUCUUUUCCGAUGGCGAACAGAACCGUUAAAGAUGCAAACAGUAUACACGGGACCAACCCGCAGUACCUGGUGGAGAAAAUCACCCGGACUCGAAUCUACGAGUCUAAAUACUGGAAGGAGGAGUGCUUCGGUCUGACCGCUGAGCUGGUUGUGGACAAAGCUAUGGAGUUGAAGUAUGUUGGUGGAGUUUAUGGUGGAAACAUCAAGCCCACUCCGUUCCUCUGCCUCACUCUGAAGAUGCUUCAGAUUCAACCUGAAAAGGACAUCAUCGUAGAGUUCAUCAAAAAUGAGGAUUUCAAAUAUGUGCGUUUGCUUGGAGCGAUGUACAUGAGGUUAACUGGUACUGCAGUGGACUGCUACAAAUACCUGGAGCCGCUGUACAACGACUACAGAAAAAUCAAGAGUCAGAACAGAAAUGGAGAGUUUGAGUUGAUGCACGUGGACGAGUUCAUCGAUGAGCUUCUUCAUUCAGAGAGGAUGUGUGACAUCAUUCUGCCUCGACUUCAGAAGAGACAUGUCCUGGAGGAGGCUGAGAUGUUGGACCCCCGGAUCAGCGCUCUGGAGGAAGAUCUGGAUGAGGUGGAGAGCAGUGAAGAAGAAGAUGAGGAAGAAGAGAAGCCGGAGAGACUCCAGACCCCCGAGCCACACAGACGCAGUUACCGUGACAACGACAGACCUCGACGCUCCCCGUCACCUCGUUACAGACGCAGUCGCUCACCCAGAAGGAGGAGCAGAUCUCCAAAGAGGCGGAGCCCGUCACCUCGGAGAGACCGCCAUCGCAGCAAGAGCCCCCGUCGCCAUCGCAGCCGGUCCAGAGACAGACGCCACCGUUCCAAAUCCCCAGGUCACCACAGAAGCCACAGACAUCGCAGCCACUCCAAGUCUCCAGAGAGGAGUUCAAAGAAGAGUCACAAGAAGAGUCGACGAGGAAACGAGUGAUUUUUACUUAUUUUAUUUUUUUACCCUCUGAACUGUCGGAGAUCUCACCGCUUCAUCUUGAACCAAGUUUGAGGUUUUUUUUUUAAUGUAAUUUUGAAGUAUUUUCAGUUUGAGAUGUUGGACCACUGACCUGUGUGUUUGUACAGAAAUUCCUCACUCAGCCUCAUUCUGUGGUUCAGAUAACUGACCCUGAUUCUGGAUCUGUGUAAAUGUAGGAAUGUGUUUCUGUGUGUUAAGAACGAGUUUCAGUCCAAGCUGACGUUUGACAGAGAAAUAAAAACCUGCUUCAGAAGUCGUGUGUUCGAGGAGGUUUGAUUGAA